AUGGAUAUUGAGGAAUUUGUAGAUGCUCAUGAGGAAGUCCUAGAACUGAAAAUAAUUGAGGUUGAGGACACUGACCAAGCAGAAGUUACUCUAAAUAUGAUUCUUGGAAGGAGUAAAACCCCUUCAACUAUUAAAAUUAUGGGCUGGAUUAAGGGUCAGCAAGUUGUAGGGUUAAUUGAUAGUGGGUCAACCAACAGUUUUAUUGACCCUCAAGUGGCAAAGACAAGUUCCAUUUUUGUGGAAGAGUUGGGCCGGCCCAUGCGAGUUAAAGUGGCCAAUGGGCAGUAUUUGUUGUGCAAAAAAAAGUGCCAUAAUCUGGGAUGGAAAAUGCAGGAUAGGGAAUUUAAAUUCAACUUUGGGAUUUUAAAAGUAGGUGGUUGUGACAUGGUGUUGGGCAUGGAUUGGGUUGACACCGUAUCUCCAAUUAUACUUCAUACACACUCAUUGAGUAUAACAUUCCUUCACAAUAAGGAAUGGGUUACUUUAUGGAGUUGUCCAAAUGAUGGUAAGGUGUCCAACGUGGAGACAAAGGUGAUAUCCAAGCUGAUGAACAAAGGGCAAUGGAAUUUUAUGGCCCAAGUGUUCUUAAUGGGUUGUUCUCGUGAUGGUAAGGAGGCGAUACCUCCACCAGUGGAGAAAUUAUUGGGCCGCUAUAAUGAAUUGUUCCAGGAGCCCAAGGAAUUACCUCCCAGUAGAGAAUGUGAUCAUGCGAUUGAGCUUGUGCCGGGUGCCAAACCCAUUAACUUAAGACCUUAUCGCUAUUCUUUUGACCAGAAGAAUGCUAUUGAAGAGAUUGUGGCCGAAAUGUUCAAGGCCCAAACUAUAACCAAGAGUGUGUCCCCUUUUGCCUCCCAAGUUCUCUUAGUAAAAAAGAAAGAUUCGAAUUGGCGAAUGUGUGUUGACUAUAGGAAAUUAAAUGAUAUUACAGUCAAAAAUAAGUAUCUUAUACCGGUUAUGGAAGACUUAUUAGAUGAAUUACACGGGGCUCGAUUUUAUUCUAAGUUAGAUUUAAGAUCGGGUUAUCAUCAAAUUUGUAUGAAGAAGGGAGAUGAGUACAAGACAGCUUUCCGCACCCACCAUGGGCUUUGGGAAUUUAGAGUCAUGCCCUUUGGGCUGACUAAUGCGCCGGCAACAUUUCAAGCCCUCAUGCAUCAAAUCUUUGGGCCUUUUCUAAGGCAAUUUGUGCUAGUGUUUUUCGAUGAUAUCUUAGUAUAUAGUGCUUCAUUGCAGGAGUAUCUUAAAUACUUGUAG